GCGCCCGGAAACGGCAGCGCGGCGUCGGGGCGUCCCCGAGCAGACAUGAGCGAGUUCGGGGCCGGCGUGGAGCUGCCGGGCUGGGUGGCGGACAGCCGCAGCCGGGGCGAGCUCUUUCCCCCCGAGGAGCCGCCCGCGGCACCUGUGGGCUUCCUGCAGGAGCUGCCCAGCUACCGCUCCGUGCUCAGGCGCCGGGCCGCCCCAGGAGACGUCGAGGAGCGGCGGGGGAACCUCCGGGGAAUCGCCGCUGCGGAGCUCGGGGGGCCGAAGCCCGAGGGAGGGGAGAGCGGGGCCCUGCCGCUCAGGGAGCUGCCCGUGAGCAUCGCCGACAAGAGGAGAAUAAGGGAUUCCCCGCAGGCUGAUAUAAAAUAUUCUUCUGGGUGGAAUCAGUGGAAAAGAACUCGUAAAUCAUGGAAAAAAGCUCUCAAGGAUAUCAAAGAGUUGUCGUCUUAUAUGAAGCUUUGGCGGCAUGAUAUUCACAGCAUCGAAGGGAAAUUUGGUACUGGCAUCCAGUCCUACUUCUCCUUCCUGCGCUUCCUGGUCCUGCUGAAUUUUUUAAUCUUCAUCCUGAUGUUCAGUUUUGUUACACUUCCCACUGUCAUCUCCAAUUAUGGAAUUUUCAACAGUAGCUCUGCUAAAAUUUCUCCAAAAAACACAGAGCCUUAUUGCACAGUUUAUACACCUAGUGGUAAUAAGGGACUUGUUUACUUCUAUACUUACCUCAAAGAUUUGCUCACUGGCACUGGGUUCCUGGAAAUGACAGCUUUGUUUUAUGGCUAUUACGCAAUAGAUGCUGCGUGGAUCAGUGUCCUGAGAUAUAACUUACCUCUAGCAUACUUGCUAACUACAUUUGCCUACCUUGCACUAAGUCUCCUCUGGAUAAUCAAAAGAUCUGUGGAAGGAUUCAGGCAGAACUUAGUGCAUGAUGUAAAUCAGUUUCAGAGUUAUUGCAACAAAGUCUUUGCAGGCUGGGACUUCUGCAUUACAGAUCUAAAUGCAGCACGGCUGAAGCAUCGCAGCUUGCUAUACGAGCUCCAAACAGACUUGGAGGAAGAAAGACUGAAGCAAAAAAUAGCUGACAGGACUAUGAAAGAAAAGCUACGGAUCUACUCUCUGAGAAUAUUUAUAAAUCUAAUUGUCAUUGCAGUUUUAUCAGGCUGCUUUUAUUCUAUUUAUAGAGCAACUGUUUUUUCUCAAGAAAACUCCAGUAAUGUGAACGGUGUGGGCUUCCAGGCUAAUCUCUUAGUUCAAUAUUUGCCAUCCAUCGUGAUCACAUCAGCCAACUUCAUUGCUCCUCAGAUCUUUUCAGUUCUGAUCAGAUUUGAAGAUUAUUCACCAGCGUUUGAAAUCAGGCUGACAUUGAUGAGGUGUGUCUUUGUGCGGUUGGCCAAUAUUGGUGUUCUCUUGUUCUCUCUAUGGAGUCAGAUCCACUGUGCCACUGACCGGUGUAAAGCCUGUGGAUACGAUUAUGAACUCUAUCCUUGCUGGGAGUCUGCAGUUGGGCAAGAAAUGUAUAAACUGUUGAUAUUUGAUUUCAUAAUAAUUAUUGCUAUGACCCUGUUUGUGGACUUCCCUAGGAAGUUACUAGUUACUUACUGCUCUUGGAAGCUAGUUCAGUGGUGGGGAUUGCAGGAAUUUGGAAUUUCUGACAAUGUCCUGGAAAUCAUUUAUGGACAGACAAUCUGCUGGAUUGGAACCUUCUUUUCACCACUACUUCCUGCAAUAGCAACUAUAAAAUACUUCAUCAUCUUUUACAUUAAAAAGAUCAGUUUGAUACACACACGUAAACCUACGAGUAGGCCUAUCAGAGCAUCAAGCUCCAACUUUUUCUUCUUGCUGGUGCUGUUGAUUGGACUCAUCUUAGCUUUUGUUCCUGUGGGAAUCAGCAUAGCACAUAUCUCCUCUUCCAAGGCAUGUGGGCCAUUCAGGAAUUUUAACACUUCGUGGGCUGUUGUUCCAGAUACAGUACUUCAUUUUCCAAUAGGUCUGCAGAAAGUCCUUUAUGGCAUAGCAUCAGAAGCCUUUGCAGUGCCUUUUUUUAUGGUCGCCUGCCUCCUUAUGUUCUAUUUUAUUGCCUUGGCUGGUGCGCACAAAAGAGUUGUUGAGCAGUUAAGGGAGCAACUGGUUAUGGAGAGUCGUGACAAGUUGUUCCUAAUUGAAAAACUAACAGAAGCUCAGAAAAAUUCUUGAAAACCACAAAAAGCCAGAAGUUCGCAUGUGAUGCUCCUGGAACCACUAGAUAAGGGUAGAUGAUCUGCAGGAUGUAAAAACAGCAGCUGACCAGUACUGUGAUCUGUGUAGCAGGUGCUUAAUGUUUUUGUUAGUGUUGAUUAUGCUAGUGGGCCUUAUAGUUUCCAAGACUGGAAGUUUAGCUUAUUUGUACCAUAUUAGACCUGUUUGAAACAUUCUGUGGCAGGGUGUUUUACUGCUGCUACCAUCUCAGAGCUGUUAGGAUCACUGAUAAGUUCCUGGUUUGUUUGUAUUUUUCAGGAGUUUGGGGCAAAUUAUGAUUAGAACUGCAACCAUUUAAGAACUCCAUGCUGUUUUUAUAAAUUAUACUUGAAAUAAUUGGGGUGGGGUGAGUGGUUUGGGGGCGGGGGCUGACUUUUUCCCACCCAGAUCUCUUUUAAAACGGAAGCAAAAGAGACACAUGUCCGUGAUUUGAAGUAGUGCAGUUGAACACUAGAUCAAGAAGCAUGAGGAGGAUCUCACUGCUGUGCAGGAGCCUCUCGCAGAUGGUAAGGCUGUACUGCUUGCAUUUCAGCUCUGAACAAGUGCCUUGAAUACAAGUGCCUCGAAUACUGCUCCGUGUUCUAAAAUGUGAAUGUUUGGGCGUUAUUUAUAGUCAGAAAUGCAGCAUUCAGAGCUCGGCUGCUGCCCUUUAGAUCUUGUUUAAUGGACAGAUGCAGCUGUGUGACUCAGAUCGAUGGUUCCACGUAACCUACGAGUUUCUCCCUCUAUUUAAAGGCAGUUUUCCUGCACAUUGCUGUGUACAUUACUCGACAUUUCCUGGUCGCACACUGGUGUUUCAUGUAAGAUAAUUCCUUUUUACGUGAUGUUUUGUAAUGUUUUCCGUCCUCAGUUUUUGAUUAACGUGUAAUAAACCAAAUUUUAAAAUCCAG